AUGCGGGCACAACAGAAGGCGGGCUCGGCACCUCCGUCGAAGAAAGAGUUGAGACAGGAGUCACUAAACAAGUGGCAGAAUGAGUGGGAGAAAUCAGGGACGGGCGAAUGGACGAAGAGGUUAAUUCCUGAUCUGCGGCCAUGGGUCUCAAGAUCGUUUGGUCUAGUGAACUUUCAUAUCACUCAGUUUCUCACUGGGCACGGAUGUUUUGGGAAGUAUCUAUGGAGGUUUAAGAAGCUGGACUCCCCCGUGUGCCAUGAUUGCCAGGCGCCGAUGGACGACCCUGAACAUGCGUUUUUCAUAUGCGACCGCUGGUGGAGGCGACGAAGAGCGCUAGAGGUUGCUACGGAUAUCGAGUUCACCCCUGAAACGGUAGUGAACACAAUGUUGGAGAGCAGAGCCAAUUGGGAUGCAGUAUGCGGGUUUGUGGUUGAAGUCCUUAAAACAAGGGAGGAAGAAGAACGGCAGCGGCAGCGACACAUCCAACAAAUCUGA